AUGUUCUAUAAAAUAACACUACUCAUAUUUUCAUUGAUAAUAUCGGGCAUAUUCUGUCAAACAGAUGAUGAAGAAUCAUUUCUCUUUGUUACUAAACAAACUGUCAACCGAUUUAUAGUACAAGAUAAAGAAUUAACUAUCAAAUAUAGUUUAUACAAUUCAGGACCAACAACGGUUUUCAAUGUUAAUCUAAAUGAUAUUCAUAGUUUUCCACAAGAUCAAUUUGAGUUACUUGUUGGUACACUCAAUCCAAAAUGGGAACGAAUUAAUGCAGACACAAAUUUAACACAUGUUGUUGUUCUUAAACCAAAACAAAGUGGCAUAAGUAAUAGUACACAUGCUGUUGUAACCUAUCAAAAGAGUGAAAAAAAUGCUGAAAUUCAAAAAACGUAUUCAUCUGAAAUUGGUGAUGUUUAUAUAAUGACAAGUCGUGAAUAUGAUCGACGAUUUUCAUCACAUAUUAUUGAUUGGAUCCUUUUUACAGCAAUGGCAAGUCCAUGUAUUGUCUUUCCAUUUUUUCUUUGGUUUAAAAGUAAAAGCAAAUAUGAAUUAUUAGUAACCAAAGAAAAAUCAGCAAAGAAAGCUCAAUAG